AUGUCUUCUCCCACUCAACCGACCUUGUCGCCGUCAUCGUGGAAGGUCGCACAGGACCAAACCAAGACCACACCGGAGACCUCCUCUGCCCCGCGCGGUAGCAAUGAGCAUCGUAUCACCCAGGCCAAUGACGUCGCUACACACGACGCACAGCAGAUGGCGGACCCAACAAACAAGUCCAAGGGUAAGGACAAAGCUCAUCUAGAGAAGCUAGUGCAGGAGGAGAACGAAAGUCGGGGCGAAUUGCCAAGAUAUCCCGGACUCGAGCAGUGGGAGCUUGUCGAGAAGAUUGGCGAAGACGGGUUGAGCAUUGUCUACCGGGCACGCCAUGCUACUGGAGUUGGCACCGAGGUCGCUAUCAAGGUCGUUCGGAAGUUCGACAUGAAUAGCCCGCAGCGUGCAAGAAUUCUCAAAGAGGUGCAGAUCAUGCGAGAGCUCGACCAUCCAAAUAUUAUUGCAUUACUUGCCUUCUCAGAGUCGCGGCAAUACUACUAUAUUAUUAUGGAACUGGCAACCGACGGCGAAUUAUUUGAUCAAAUUGCACGUUUGGAGUAUUUCAGCGAAGAACUUGCACGCCAUAUUGUAAUUCAAGUUGCAAUAGCCUUGCAUUAUCUCCACAAGAGAGGUAUCGUUCAUCGCAAUAUCAAGCCAGAAAACAUCUUAUUGAAUCCUAUACCAAUAGAGCCAUCCAGAACUCGGAAACGCAAGCUUCCGCGCGACGAGGACAAAGUCGAUGAAGGCGAGCAUUUACCUGGACAGGACGCGCGUGGUAUCGGACUAAUCAAGAUUGCCGGUUUUUCCAUGUCUGAACUCGUUCGGACAACGGCACCGCGUGGCACGAUUAGAGAUGCCGCCCCUGGUAUUGUUGAAGAUGAGAGCUACUCCAAAACGACAGAUAUAUGGGCCCUGGGGUGUAUAUUGUAUACGAUACUGUGUGGCUUUCCACCAUUCUACGACGAGAACAUCGAGGUACUCACAGACAAACUUACCAAAGAGCAACCGACCUUUCUUUCACCAUGGUGGGACAAUAUCUCAAAAUCAGCUCAGAGUCUUGUCAGUCAUAUGUUGGCAAAUGAACCAAAAAACCGAUGUACACUUGCGGAAUUUUUUGCCCAUCCUUGGGUAUGCCGGCAGCUGGAGCCGAUGCCGCCCGAUGAGAAGUCCGUCAGUGAGAAUAUGCUCUCCACCGCUACCGUGUUUCGACCCGGAGAUCACGACAAAAGAGUGCAUUUUCAAACCUUUGAUGCUACAUUCUUACGUCAAAAUUUGUCUUUUAUUUACUCAGUAAAACUCGAGGACGAAGAAGUCAAGCGAGAAAAGCAGAUCACAAGGCAGGGUAACACCGCGUCUCAUUCUCGCAUCAGCAAGGAAUUGUUCGAAGACGACGAGGAGGAAUCAGACCUUAGCCGAGGCCAGGACUUGAGACAGCGAGUCCGGGAUCGUAACAGACAGAAUGACAUUCCCGAGAUAAGCCUCGAUAGGGCGACUUUGAUUAGUCGCAGGGCGCAGAUGAAUGCCGAUGCCAGUCCACUUACCUCUAUGAAAGCUGCACUGGGAACAGGAAAUGCAAAAGUGAUAGAGCGGCUACUGGAAAAAGACUUUGUCAAGCUUGCAACCGGGGAUUACGCAUGGCUACAAGAACUCAAAGACAUUGGUUAUUCGUUCUUCGAUAUGGCGUGCCUCCUUGUUGAGCAGGAGACUGAUUCGCCGUGGAUUUAUUUCGCUCCACACAGCAUUGAGACAGUUGGUAUUCGAUGUGAUGCACACAUCCCAGGCUGUGUGCAUCAAAUCCUCCAUCCGAGUCAUAAUGAUAAAACCAUCUUCGCUCAAGGCGCAACGCAAUCAGGUGGUGAUUAUCACCAGACCCUGCUCGUGGUACAACGUUUGUGUGGUUUGGCUGGGAUUACUCCUGUGUCCCGGGAUCAGAAAACCUGGAAUGGUCUCGCAGAAUUUUCAGAGGAGAACAAAACAGUAACCAUAACGUAUCCACUGGCGAACGAGGACUUUUCGUCAACCGCAAAGUUACUCAUCCUCAUCUUGGACGGUCUCCGCUCAGCUAUUGGCAUUUACCAAUCUCGUGGUUACUGCUGUAAUUCAUUCACCAUCCUUCAGUCGACAAAUGUUGUUCCUGUUCAGAACUACCGUGGGGCUCCUGUUGAAGUGUGCCGGAUUGAUCUCACGAGCUUGGACAAGUUCCGAGAAUCUUUGGCGCAUGCCUCCCAUGCAAGUGACGUUCAGACAAUUACCCUUCAAAUCCUGUCUGCAAUCUUCAGGCCUGAGGGUGAGCUAACGAGAAGAUUGGAAAGAUCGGGAAUGGAUGUUCUCUUGCCAUUGACAGUCCAGAUCCUCUGCAUUGGCUUCAUUUCAUAUUGUCAGGCGCAUAUUGGUGCCCUCCAGCUGUCCUUCCUGGAUACGCCAAUCUCUAAAGUUUGUCUUUUGGGAAAGGCUGCAGGCAGUGGCAAUCCAAUUAUCGAAGGACAUUUGGUGCGGUUGACUUGUAUGGGAGAUAUGAUUCUUCAACCUGUCUUCGCAUUCUCCGUGGUUGAUUCGCAGAGCAUACCAGAUGGCAUAUUGUGCGGCCAUGAUUUGUUUGCCAGUUUGGAGGAUACUGUUGAUACAUGGGGCCCAGCGCAAUUCGUCAUGCCUCAAGAAGGGCAUUGGCCACCCUUGGCUCUGAUCAUUGGAGGAGGUGUUAUUCACGCCAUCGAUUCAGAUUGCACCCAACUUCACUGGAGCCAUGACUUUGGCAAAGCCAGGGUGCCCAAGAACGGAAUAGACCCCUUUCUCAAGAUGAUCAUCGGUUCAUUGGUUUCAGUUAACACAAAGUGUCAAAUUGACGAGGAGGAGCGCUGGUACGAUUCUUCGUGGAUCCUGCAAUCACUUGGUCCUUAUUUCCCACGUUGGGAAUACUUUGAAAGGCAGGUUGGUAUGCAAGCCGGGGAGUACUUUUUGCUACAGGCAAAUGCAGCGCAGCAAAAAGUUGCAGGCCGAACUUUGAAGCAACAUAGAUUGUUGCAGGAGGAUGAUGCCCUUAUAUCAUUUCUUGACAACCUUUGGGGACUUCAAGUGAGCUUCUGCACAGGCAUCUCACGGAGGGUACCUUUGCAGACCAUGGUGGCCGACAUGCUUCCCAUUUUUGCAGAUGCGUUCAUAUCCAACGGUGAAGACCACGCUGCUUGGAUAGAACUCCAAGAGCAGCAUGGUAUCACUGAGAAAUUCCGUUCCGGUAUGGCUCGCAAUUGUCUUCUCGGUUUACCUGGUAGAUUGCAUCGACUUGCUCUCAAAAUGACCCGACGCAUAUUCAUGGCGCUGGCCGAAACAGGUGUAGAUCGCUCGGGCAAGUACAUGAUAGUAGCAUGGCCUCGAUCGCAAGACAUAUAUCGUUGUUUUCAAAUACCGUGCGAGCACGAAAGCGCCUGGACCAAAGUUCUUGCCGACUCGACAGACUGUGCAACAUUCGCUUAUAUAACGACACUUUGCCUGGAGACGGAUACGAUUCGGUGUCAGGGCCCCAACGCAAUUUGGAAAGGAACCAUGCCAUUGAUGGAGACUGCAGUCAUUGGUCACCAUUCCACCUUGCCCACCAGUCGCUCACAGGCGACUCUCAAUACAAGUCAAGUACAGACAGCACCUUCAUCCUCGAACCCGAUUCCAUUGUUGCUAGAUUCUACGAUAUCGUCAACACCGAAGCUUGGUCUCAGUUUGCAACACAAUGCUACACAUUUCUUUCAAAAGGCCGACCACUGUUUCUUCGUAACUGUACAGCGGCCCGAUGCAUCGUCGACGCCAAUGCUAGUGGCGCGCUCCAGUACAUUACCACCUCGGAUUCAGUGGCGCGUCUUACAGCAUCUACGAGGAGAGGAACGGAAAAGAAAGUCAAGGUUGCGUGAGCGUGUCAUUGAAGGGGAUGCGGCAGAGUUGGUAUCAUUAUCGGCGAUUACCUGA